UCUUUAUACACGAAGCAUAAUAAAACUAGAAUUUGCAAGCUUUGUUCUUAGAUACCCAUUACAGUGUUUUACAUUCGUCAAGCUCAUUCAACGCCCAAAGUUGUACAGAGAGAAAAUAUACAGCAAGAGGGAGAAAGAGAAAGAGAAAGAGAGAAAAGGAAAAAUGGGAAGUGAGAGUGAGAUUUUGGUGCUGCCAUGUUUAGAUUUUGGCAAGGGAGGAAUGACACUAGAAGCAGGGAGUGAAGAGUGGAAAGAGAUGAGCAUGAAAGUGAGAGAAGCAUGUGAGAGUUAUGGCUGCUUCAUCUUGAAGUAUGAUGAUAUGAGUAUUAAGGGUGUUCGUGAAUUCAUAUUUAAAGAUCUGAAACCAUUGUUUGAAUUACCAGAAGAAACAAAGCAGAAACACAAACAUUCAACGCCUUUCAAUUCUUACACAAACAUGACCUUAGGGAAUCUUAGCUAUCAAACUUUUGGGAUCAAUCAGGUUACGAUUGACAACUUCACCAACAUCAUGUGGCCUCAAGGGAAUCCAUCUUUCUGUGAGGCAUUGAAGGGUAUGAGCUUAAAGAUGUCAGAAAUAAACUCAUACUUGUUGAAAAUGAUUAUGGAGGGUUAUGGCCCCCAGCAUUCCGUUGAUCUUGAAAGCAUGAAGUGUGGUACCUAUGUACGUUUCAACAAGUACAUAGUUUCUGGAAACGGUGGCGAUGAAAAGGCUAAAAGGUUCGCUCACACUGACAGAAAUAGCUUGACCAUUCUGUGCGACAAUGGAGUCCAAGCUCUGCAGGUGCUAUCCAAAACUGGGAAAUGGAUUGAAGUAAAUAUACCCCAAGAUGGGUUUGUGGUUAUAAUUGGUGAUGCACUGAAGGCAUGGAGCAAUGGGAGGCUUCAUUCACCGACGCAUAAAGUGGAGAUGAGUGGAGAUAGGUACUCGUUUGGAGUUUUUACAGCACCGAACAGUGAGGUGAUGAUUGAGCCUCGUGAGUUGGUAGAUGACAAACUUUAUCCUCUUCGUUAUCGUGCGUUCGAUUAUGGAAAGUUUAUGAGCUAUUGUACUUCAAAUAUCACACCAGAUGCGGUUGAUGUGUUUGCUGGUAUUUGAAAGCAAUCUAUGUGUGAAUGGAGGC